CUCUGCUCGAUUGCGGAUAGAUUUUCUAUAAUACAAGCGAUUGUGAGACUUAAAACGAUUGCAAAGUGGACACGUAUUGAAUUUAUUUAGUGUUGCGUAUCAGUCGACGUUUUAGCGCCAAAUAAUCAAGACAUGGAGAAGCAAAAGCUAUGGGGUGGACGAUUUACCGGAGCUACGGACCCAGUCAUGGAGAAAUUCAACGCAUCCAUUCAUUAUGACAAGAGGAUGUGGAGAGAGGACGUUCAGGGAAGCAAAGCCUAUGUCAAAGCUAUCCAGAAAGUUGGAUUAGUAACAGAAGAUGAAUGCAAAUUGAUUUUGUCAGGAUUAGAAAAAGUAGCAGGUGAAUGGGAGUGUGGAAAGUUUGAGAUCAAAGAGACUGAUGAAGACAUUCAUACUGCCAAUGAGAGGAGACUCAAGGAGUUGAUCGGUAUAACUGCCAGCAAACUACACACAGGUCGUAGUCGUAACGACCAGGUCAGCACUGACAUGAGGCUGUGGAUGAAGAACGCUCUUCCUGAACUUGGGGCCGAGGUGCAGAAUUUCAUGUCGGUCAUCAUCACACGAGCCAAGCAGGAGAUAGAUGUUUUAAUGCCUGGCUACACACAUCUUCAGAGGGCUCAGCCAAUCAGAUGGAGCCACUGGCUGCUCAGUUAUGGUUGGAUGUUGAAGCGAGACAUUGAGCGCAUGCUGGGACUGCAGACACGUGUGAACUCUUUGACACUGGGAAGUGGGGCUCUGGCAGGAAAUCCUUUCCCCAUUGACAGAAAAUCAUUGGCAACAGACCUUGGGUUUAUGGAGGUGUCUGGUAACAGCCUGGAUGCAGUGAGUGAUAGAGACUUUGUAGCGGAGUUCCUAUUCUGGGCGUCCAUGUUGGGGACCCACCUGAGUCGCUGGGCAGAGGAUCUUAUCCUGUACAGCUCCAAGGAGUUUGGCUUUGUGACACUGGCAGAUGCCUACAGCACAGGAAGUAGUUUGAUGCCCCAGAAGAAGAACGCCGACAGUUUGGAGCUAAUUAGAGGAAAGGCGGGAAGGAUGUUUGGUCAUUGUUCGGGCUUUAUGAUGACACUGAAGGGUGUUCCCAGCACCUACAACAAAGACCUACAGGAAGAUAAGGAAGCCAUGUUUGAUGUGUAUGACACUUUGUUAGGUGUGAUCAAGGUGGCCACAGGUGUGCUAUCUACCUUAAAGAUAUAUGGAGACAAGAUGCGACAGGCUUUGAGUCCUGAGAUGUUGGCCACAGACAUAGCCUAUUAUCUGGUCAGAAAAGGAAUCCCGUUCCGAGAAGCUCAUGGUUUAUCUGGAAUGUGUGUGGCUCUCGCUGAGAAGAAGCAGUGCCCUCUAUCUAGUCUAAGUCUGGAAGACUUUAAAUCCGUAAGUGAAGAGUUCACUGACGACAUUUUAUCCAUCUGGAAUUAUGAGAUGUCAGUGGAUCAGUACAAUGUGUAUGGAGGGACAGGAAAGGAGAGUGUUACAGCACAGAUAGAAAACUUACAGUCCUGGCUGGAGCAGUUACAGUACAGAUAGAAAAAAAUUACAGUCCUUGCUACAGCAUUUACAGCACAGAUAGAAAACUUACAGUCUUGUCUGCAGCAUUUUCAGCACAGAUAGAAAACUUACAGUCCUGGCUACAGCAUUUACAGCACAGAUAGAAAACUUACAGUAUUGGCUACAGCAUUCACAGCACAGAUAGAAAACUUACAGUCCUGGCUGCAGCAGUCACAGGACAGAUAGAAAACUUACAGUCCUGGCUACAGCAUUUACAGCACAGAUAGAAAACUUACAGUCCUGGCUACAGCAGUCACAGCACAGAUAGAAAACUUACAGACCUGGCUACAGCAUUUACAGCACAUUUAGAAAACUUACAGUCCUGGCUACAUCAUUCACAGCACAGAUAGAAAACUUACAGUCCUGGCUACAGCAUUCACAGCACAUAUAGAAAACUUACAGUCCUGGCUACAGCAUUCACAGCACAGAUAGAAAACUUACAGUCCUGGCUGCAGCAGUCACAGCACAGAUAGAAAACUUACAGUCCUGGCUACAGUAUUCACAGCACAGAUAGAAAACUUACAGUCCUGGCUACAGCAGUCACAGCACAGAUAGAAAACUUACAGUCCUGGCUACAGCAGUCACAGCACAGAUAGAAAACUUACAGACCUGGCUACAGCAUUUACAGCACAUCUAGAAAACUUACAGUCCUGGCUACAGCAUUUAAAGCACAUAUAGAAAAAUUACAGUCCUGGCUACAGCAUUUACAGCACAUAUAGAAAUGAAAACUUACAGUCCUGGCUACAGCAUUUACAGCACAUAUAGAAAACUUACAGUCCUGGCUACAGCAUUUACAGCACAUAUAGAAAACUUACAGUCCUGGCUACAGCAUUUAAAGCACAUAUAGAAAUCUUACAGUCUUGGCUACAGCAUUUACAGCACAUAUAGAAAACUUACAGUCUUGGCUACAGCAUUUACAGCACAGAUAGAAAACUUACAGUCCUGGCUACAGCAGUUAACUGUGUGAGAACCUACUGACUACAGCAAUAAAGAAAUAAUCCAGAACAAAGACAGAAUUCUUUAUUUCUUUAUUUAAAAAAAGAUAACAUGGUUGAAAUGCCUGUUUAAAAUUGGAACUUAUUAGAUGCAUCAACGUUUUGCCAAUAUAAGAUCCUAUUAGAAUGUUUCACUGAAAUUAUUAACUGAUAGAAUUACUUCUGUAGCAGUUUGUAUCAUCAACACCCCCUCUUUGUUUCUAUUGGUUUAAUUAACACUUGUCACCAACACUGGGGGGUGAUGUGUGGUAUAUGAUUAUAUAUAAAUGCAGAUUUUGUUUGGUUGUAAUUUGUAUGCUACCGUCAAUUACAGCAAUGUCAGUAUGUAAUCAGGUAUUUGAAUAUCAGAUCAAGCACUGCUGGACUCGUAUGCAAUUUAUUUUCGUUACAAUUUCUUUGAUCUGUAUUGCAUCUUCAUUCAUAGCAAUUUUGGAAAAAUUUCUAAAAUUAUUAUCUACUGAAUAAUACAACCUUUAUGAAUGUUAGACACAUCUGCAAACGUUGCUAAAUUUUAUCAUGGAAAUUAUUUAUAAAAGAACAUUCACCACGUGGUAAUUGUUCAGCUGGCUUGUUUUUCACAUACAGUUUUCAAGAAUCAAUCUUUGAAUAUUAUAAGAAUCAUUCUUUGAAUAUUAUGAGGUGAUAAAUUUGGUCGGAAUGUGAUCAUUUUCAAUAAAGCCUGAAGGGCUUUAUGAUAGAUUUGAUCACACCCGAACAUAAAUAUAAGAAUGACUCCUUAUUGCUUAUAUUUAUAUAAUUUUCAG